GAGCAUUUACAAUAUUUAUUUUACUUAGCCACGAAAUAAACGAAAUGUCCUUGGUCGGAGCACUGUUUUUAUUGUUGUUAUUAUUCGUAAUAAUAAUACUCCUUAAAUAUUGUGAACGCGUCUGGUAUUGGCGAAAACAAAAUGUGGAACUGUUAAAUAUUUUCUCGGUCCUACAAAAAGCAACAAAAGACAAACCUCUCUAUCGAAUAUUACAAAAUAUAUAUCAGGAUAUGUACGAGAAACGAGAAUCAUUCAAGGCUAUUGAAUUGGUACUCAUUUCCGGUCUCUUUGUGCAGGAUCAAAAAGCAAUUGAACAAAUUCUCGUUACACAAUAUGAGAGUUUUGCAGAUCGUGGUUUAUAUGCGAAUCCAAAUGAUCCCUUCCUAGCUAAUAUGGGUCGUUUAGAAUACGAUCAAUGGAGGCAUUUACGGCGUAAAUUGCAACCCUGUUUUUCGGCGAACAGUACCAAAGCAAUGUAUCCUUUAAUGCAUCGAGUGUGUGGUGAAUUUGUCCAGGUCCUCAGAGAAUCUGUUACACAAAAACGCGAUAAUAUCCUCGAAAUGCGAGAUUUAUGUUCUCGUUUUGCUGUCGAUGUCAUUGGAAGUGUGGGCUUUGGUGUUGAGUGCAAUAGCCUAAGAGAUGUCAAUGCAAAAUUUCGCUACUUCGGUGAUAAGGCGACCACAGAACAUUUUCGUCCCCUAUUACAAUUCAAAACAAAAUAUUUGAAUAUCUUAAAAAUAUUCAAUGUUAAAUAUCACAGCCAAGAGACUAGGGAAUUUUUUACCCAACUUGUCAAAGAAACCAUAGAAUAUCGUGAGAAAUAUGGAAUACAACGUGCCGACUUUAUGGAUAUUUUAAUCAAAAUUAAAAACGAUCCUCAGGAAUCGAAAAAUUUCGAAUUAACCUUGGAUAGAAUUGUGGGGGAAGUUUUCCUCUUUUUUACUGCCGGUUAUAAUACCACAUCAUCGGCUCUGUGUGAGGCUCUUUACGAAUUGGCCAAAAAUCCUGAAAUUCAAGAUAAGGCCCGCAGUCAAGUGAUGGAUAUUUUGGAUCGACAUAACAAUAAUAUAACGCUUGAGGCCGUCAAGGAAAUGCGUUAUAUUAAACAAAUUAUAAUGGAAACCCUACGAAAAUAUCCCCUACUCUUUGCCGUAUCGAGAUAUAGCCGCCGUGCCUGCACACUACCAACCACAAAUGGUUCUCUGAAUAUUGAACCAAAUACUUUAUUACUCAUUCCCAGUCAUGCCGUCAACAAUAAUCCCGAAUUUUACCCCGAACCAGAUAUAUUCCAACCUGAGAGGUUUGAUAAAGAUGUCAAACGCCCAGCCUGCACUUAUCUCUCAUUUGGUGAGGGACCUAAGGCUUGUCCGGCCAUUAAUUUUAGUUAUAUUGAAAUGGUAUGUUGUUUAGCUACACUGUUACGUCAUUUUCGUUUUUCCACUUGUGAGAAGACACCAAAGGAAUUACUGUUCAACAAGGAAAUGUUACGUUUAAGUGUUGAAAAUAUAUUUUUAAAAGUGGAGCCAUUAAAUAAAUGAAA